AUGGCAGAAUCAGGCCCGAAAGGCUCCUCCCAGAAGCCCUUUCCCCAGCGGAAGCCAAGCCUCACAGGAUCUCCCGAGUUCGUAAGUGGUUGGCGAGAGGUUCCUGAAAGCGGAAACACCUGGGUGCCUCACUCAGAAUGGAGUUUGGUUUCCAUCGCGUACCGGGCCAAACCCGCUCCUGGGGCUGCCUCCACUCUUGCCGUUCGUCGGGCCGGAGCACCCGAGGCCCGAGUAGGAGAGGGAUCUGCUCGUGCUUGUGCUGCAAGUGCAUCAACUUCUGAGAGGCCGAAGGGCCACGCCAGGAACCCAGGCUUCUGCUGUGGGCCACUGGGGCCCCCAUCUAACGCCUGCCAGGUCCAGGACUGCGCCAGGUCCACGUGCGAGCCAUGCCAGGGCACCGAGCUUGUUCGUUUCUCUGCGCUGCGCCCGGAAGCAGUGAGGGGCCUAGGAGUCCUCCCCGGAGACCAUGACUACCUGUUCCCAGAGACUUUCCAGGAAGAACAGCCUCAGACUCUUCUUUUUGAUGACCUUGACAGUUUGGAAGAGUACUGGCAUUUUGGCAGAUGCCCUUUUAUUGGAAUUUGUGAAACACCGGUGUGA